GGUCACGUGACCGGCGCCAAAAUGGCGGCGCCCAUCGGCGUCCACCUGCUCGUCCGUAGAGGUUGUUAUAGAAUUUUCUCUUCACCACUCAAUCAUAUCUACUUACACAAGCAGUCAAGCAGUCAACAAAGCAGAAAUUUCUUUUUCCGGAGACAAAGAGAUACUUCACACAGUAUAGUUUUGCCGGCUACAGUUUCUUCAGCUCAUCCAGUCCCUAAGCACAUAAAGAAGCCAGACUAUGUGACGACAGGCAUUGUACCCGACUGGGGAGACAGCAUAGAAGUUAAGAAUGAAGAUCAGAUUCAAGGGCUUCGUCAAGCUUGUCAGCUGGCCCGUCAUGUCCUCCUCCUGGCUGGGAAGAGUUUAAAGGUUGACAUGACAACUGAAGAGAUAGAUGCUCUUGUUCAUCGGGAAAUCAUCAGUCAUGAUGCCUAUCCCUCACCUCUAGGCUAUGGAGGUUUUCCAAAAUCUGUUUGUACCUCUGUAAACAACGUGCUAUGUCAUGGUAUUCCUGACAGUCGACCUCUUCAGGAUGGAGAUAUUAUCAACAUUGAUGUCACGGUCUAUUACAAUGGCUACCAUGGAGACACCUCUGAAACCUUUUUGGUGGGCAACGUGGAUGAAUGUGGUAAAAAGUUAGUGGCGGUCGCCAGGAGAUGUAGAGAUGAAGCAAUUGCAGCUUGCAGAGCAGGGACUCCCUUCUCUGUAAUUGGAAACACAAUCAGCCACAUAACGCAUCAGAAUGGUUUUCAAGUCUGUCCACAUUUUGUGGGACAUGGGAUAGGAUCUUACUUUCAUGGACAUCCUGAAAUUUGGCAUCAUGCAAAUGACAGCGAUCUGCUCAUGGAGGAGGGAAUGGCCUUCACCAUAGAGCCAAUCAUAACCGAAGGAUCCCCUGAAUUUAAGGUCCUGGAGGAUGCAUGGACUGUGGUCUCCCUGGACAACCGAAGGUCCGCCCAGUUCGAGCACACAGUUGUCAUCACGUCGGGGGGCGCUCAGAUCCUGACCAAACUGCCCCAUGAGGCCUGAGGAGCGGCCCCCACGUCGCAGAGGCUGGGCCCCUUUCCUCCUAAAUUGCCGAAUUCCAGCUGGAGAACUUUUAGGAGAAACGGGCGGAGUGCAAGUCGUGCAGCAGCCAACCUAGUACCUAAAGGGACCUUGAAAAACCCGGUGGGGAUUGGGGGCAGUUAGGAACUCAGAUCCGAAGCCCUGCUUGGCGGCGCGGCUGCCGAAAAACUGAUCCUGGCGCGGACUCGGCUUCCCAGGUCGGGAAACGUUUCUGCAGGGGUGUGGGGACGCCUUCAUUUGGAAGACAAGGGGUUCCUAGAGGUACAUGUUUGCCUCUUUCCCUUGUCUUGAUAAUGCCCAAGUAAAAAGCUUGCACCU